GUGCCUGCCAGUUGUCUGCGCUGCGCACAGCGCAGAUCAUAGCAAAGCACGCGCGACGCACGGGGCAGCCCGCAUUCGUAACGAUCGCUGCGGAUGGCCAGCCGACGCGUACGACGAACCGCGGGCCCGCUCGGGCAGCCCUGAUGGCUGAGCAGACAAUAUGAGCACGAAACCGCGCCCCCACCCGCGCGGCGUCCAGUACCGCAAGAAGAAGCCGAGAUCCAUACAAGUGGCGCCGGCUGGUGGGAGAAGGAGCCGUCGAAGCCUCAACGAAACGAAGGAGGACGACGACGACGAGGAGGGCGGCAGACGGAUCGUAGAUGAUUUUGACGAGGCUUUUGAUGAUGAUGAUGAAGAUUAUGGUGCUGUUUGUUGCGGUCUGGUCAAACUAAACGCCGCGCAAGCAGAAGUCCCGUGGGGCCGCUGGCACGCGAGGUUGGAGUCGAAUAUUGCCCUGUUUCUUAUCUUAUCCCUAACCUUUUUCGACAUAACGAAGAUGGCCCUGGACAUGAUUUAUAAGCUCAAGUUGGAGGAGGAUAGUAAUUGGGAGUUAGUCGGUUACCUCACUUCAGCAGUCUUCGCGGUCGAGUUUUUUUUCCAUCUGUACUGCCACGCGGAUGUCUACAGCGUGAAGCACUUCUUCGAGAUACGGGCGAACCAGAUCGACGGCGUCGUGGUGACGUUGGACGCCAUGUCCUACACGUUGGGGGCCGCGGCCGGUGCGGGUGGUGCUUUGGGCGCCGUGGCUUCUUCGGGCCGAGCAUUACGACUCCUACGACUCUUGAGAUUACUACGACUACUACGAGCGGCAAGAGCAGCUCGCGCAUUAAACCGGAAGAAACCCUUAUCUACUUAUGAUCCAUUAGUUGUCUGCGAGGAGGGCGAUGUAGAUACGGCGAAAAGGUUCAUGGAGCCCGGUGUCAAUCGGGACCGGUUCUGGUGUCUCAGUGACUCCGGCGAGUCGCCCUUGUACUUGGCAGCCAAAAGGGGCAGACAUGGUGUGGUGAAAGCCAUCGUGCGAUCUGGCUCCCCUCGCGCGAAGGAGGCGGUGGAAUUGCGAGAUCAUAUAUUGGGCGCGACGCCGGUGUUUGUGGCGGCGCUCCAUGCGCACCGAAAGGCCUGUCGGGAGCUGGCUAUCCACGGGAGGGCGGAUCUCACGAGCAAGCCCACUAUGCAUGAUGAGUUCAGAAAAGUAUCUGCUGAAGAAGUGAUAAAACAUCGGUUGUGGCCCGACAUCCUUCAAGCGGCGGCGAAGCAGCGAGCUGCGGACGCCGAGCAGGCGCGGAAAGAUGAGCUCAAACGACAGCGCGAGGAGCAGCAACGGCUCCAAGAGCUCGAGAGAAGGAAAAGGUUACAGCUCGAUAGCAAGGCCGGGAAGCGACGGGAGUUCGGAAGGGUCAUGUGGAAAGUGACGUCCCAGGAGAUCACAAGACGUACUAAGAGGGCCUUUUUGAAAAUAUGUGGCAAUCUGUAUACGCCCGGGGAAGAUGGGUUAAGGGGUACGCGAGCCGCCUGGUUGAGAUUACGGAAGCAGCGCGACUGGCAACAUAGGUUAAAACAGCAGCAGGAUCAUGUGGUGAGGCCCUCGACCGCUGAAGUAAGGGAGAAGGACGCCAGUCGUCGAAGAAGGAAGAACGUCGCGCGACUCGGCAUCAACUGGACGACGAAACGCCCCAUCACGCCCUGGCGUAAAAGAUCGGAAAAGCGGCCCAUGACCCGAGACAGACUGUUGAGGUUCUGGUCCACCGGUGGAAGGGGCGGCAAUGAUGAACAUCCUCCGACCAUCGGGAGGCGGGCGGCCGUCUCCAUCGCCUUGCAGGACAAGGAAGCGGAAGCUACCUGGGCGACGGAACUGCAGCAUGAUGCGGAAGGGAUUCCUCGCACGAUUGAAGGGUCCGCUUAUCGGCAUGUGCUGAGGCACCCGAUGUCCGAUUUCAAAAGAGAACAAACAUUGAAGAAGGACUCGAAUACCAUCUUUACGGUCUUUUUAGAUGAGUUACGAUACGCCGCAUCUCUAGCUCGACGUAGAUUACCGGGAUCUCGCAAGUCGACGCGAGGCUCCGAAACACCGAGGUCUCCCUCGAGGCCCUGGACGCCCUUCUCGAACCUGUUCAGCAUGACGCCGCGGUUCCGACGACCCAUGACGUCCAAGUCCGUGCGGUUUGAGGAUGAGCCGCCGAUGACUCCUGCCAGUUGGCGUAGCAGACCGAGGACCGGCCAAUCGUUAACAGGCUUCGAGAGUCCAUCACGACCGUUGACGGGGACCUCGACACCACGGCCGAGAACGUCCGGAAGUGUGCGCUUCGCCGACGAGGUCGAGGUCGAGGACCUCGAAGAUCCGCUCGAGAUGAUGUCCCAGACUGCACCUCCAGUACUAUAUUCGAACGAGGAACUCUUCAAUUCUACGGAUCCGCUCGAGAAGAAGGUGGCGAGGAUGGAGCUGCACUUCCGGACGGAUGUGGAUGAGUGGCUCACGGAAAAUGGUACUUCCUCACCAGUCAAAUACGAGCAGUUUGCCAACACGAUGACGGACGUGUACAUGGCGAAGCUGGAUGGGAUGGAGGGGACGCCGGCCGUGCGAGCCGUGCGGAAGCGCGUGAUUGCGCAGAUCGAGCAGCUGGCCGUCGGGAGCCUCUGACUCUGAGCGGCUCGCGGCGCUAUCGAGCGGGCGUCGCGUCGACCUCCACGCCAUCGACGCGGCG